UUGAAAAAAAAGACAUAGUAGUACUAGUGUACAUAAUGUAACAAAAAGGGUUUGGUUUGUUCCAAUUUUUCAUUCCAUUUGUCCUGCUGCGCGACGAUCAUCAUUCAUCAGUCAAUCGCCUAGAGAAAGAAGACCACAUUUGCAGUCUCGAAUUUGUUCAAAGGAAAUUAAUUGUCGAAAUUAAUGUAAAAUGAGGUGGAUUAAGAACUUGCAGCAAUUUGUUAGGAGUAGUGUGUCGUCCGAUUAUGUAGUAAAGAGUAAUACUAAUACAAUUAGCAUUCUAAAAUUCAGUAGAAGUUCGGUUAUGGGGUUGCCUCACUUCCAUGGAGGAGGGCUUGAAUUUAGUGGAAAACCUUAUAUGCCCAAACAUGUUGUUACAAUGCCACAAUGUCGUGGGUUUAGGCACAAAGUCCAAAAUAACCCGAUUUUGGACCGCGAUUAUCUUGCCCAACUUUGGGUGUUGGAUAAAGAAAUGACAAAGGCAUUAGAGAGAAGGAAGAUGGCACACCAUAGGUAUAGGACUUAUCAGAAAGAAAGGGGUGGACGGCAUGUGUUUAAGCAGCCUCCUCUUAGUCAAUCAAUUACUGGAAAUUUGGCACCGACGUCUCCUGAGGAGCUUCAAGUUGCUCCUCUUCUUGCUAGAUCAAACUUGUUAAUCACCCGAAAUAUAGAAUGGUUAAACCUGGUGUUUGACUUUGAGCAGGAAAACCGAUAUGCAAUAGUGGAUGUAUGCUACCCUCAUUCACCUGUAGGUUUUAUCCGUGAACAAAGUAAUGUGCUCUUAAGACAGUUUCUUCGUUUGAGGCGUCCCUUCGUUGCACGCAUAACUGAUGCUUUGGGUAAUGAGCUAUUCACGAUUCGUCGCCCCUUCUGGUGGAUUACUAGCUCAAUUUAUGCCGAAAUUAAUGGGAAGGAGAUUGGUGUGGUGCAUCAACGCUGGCAUCUUUGGAGGAGGAUCUAUGAUCUAUAUUUGGGGAAUAGGCAAUUUGCUGUGGUUGAAAAUCCUGGUUUAUGGAACUGGACAUUUACUUUGAAGGACAUUGAUGGAAAUGUGCUUGCUCAAAUAGAUCGUGAUUGGAGAGGGUUUGGUUUGGAGAUAUUCACAGAUGCUGGACAAUAUAUUAUUAGAUUUGGGAGUUCUGAUCCCGUAGUGAAAACUGGUCCUGUUAGAGAGGUUGAGGACUUAGAUAUUGUACGCCCUUUGACCCUUUCAGAGAGAGCAGUUGCCGUGGCUCUUGCUGUGUCACUGGAUAAUGACUUUUUCUCUAGACAUAGUAACAGCAGCUGGUUUCUCGGAAUUCCACUUAUCUUCACUGAGUAGAAAAAGUGUGGUUCCCUAAUCAUCUCGUGUACUGAAAAAUUUAGAAUCAAGUGCAAAUCCAGGAUUUUAUUUUUAUGGAUACCGUAUAACCAGCUUCUGGAAAUGGAUACACGAAGGGGGGUAAAAUCUAACUGCGGUUGAGGUAAGGCUGUUAAAACGAGUAAACCGAAACAGCAGGGAGAAAAUAUUAUCUGUUGUUCAAGGCUGUUAUGUAGAAAGGCAGAUUGGAACUUUUACCUGCCAUGUUAUUGUGCAGAAAUAAGAGAAGAGAAAGGCUCUACUAUUUAUACUAAUCGACUCCAACUAACACAAGACUCUAAUUUCUAAUGAACGGUGAUGAGGUCUUGUCUUAGUUGGACAGUAACUAUCACUUUUUCAGUAAGUUUUGAGUUCGAUUCGUACAAAGUUUUUCCCUCAAUCUACUGUGUAACCAAAAAAAGGGGGGGACAACAUAAAUUUGUCAAAUUGUGAGUACAUUUGAGGUGACAAACAGUAUGACUACAUCUACUGAAUUGUUUAGAUUUGAUAGUAACGAUUACGAAUUCUCAA